AUGGGUGAGGGUGAGCACUUGCUGCUGAACUAUAUUGAAAAUUUUAUGCGAGAACAUGGUGUUGGACCAGAUCCCGAUUUUUUAUCUGAUGUUCUUGUUAAUAAAGUUGAAUUAAUUAUUCGAGAAUUACGUGGAAUUUUAAAAGAUUCAAUACCUGAAGGAGAAAUGGAAAUGUUUCUUAAUUCAAUUGUGAGUACAACGUUAUUAGUAACAUUGGAUGAAAUAAAUCGACCGAUAUUAAGUUUUUGUGAUGCUAUUGUUGAUGCUAAUUUACCAGAAAAAUAUGGACCAAUGAAAGUUCGAGUUUUAACAAAUUUAAUUUAUGUUGUACCCGAAGGUAGCAACGUUGAUAAAUAUCGAAUAUUUGUUAAUUUGGUAAAACAAUGGAUUAAAGAAUGGAAAAUAUCGACAGAACAAGUUCAAGAUCUCUAUCGUUUUAUGUAUGAAGCAUAUGUGCAGGCAAAAGAUACUGAUAAUGCACUUAAACUAUUACUUGAACUAUUGGGAACAUAUACAAAAGAAAAUGCAUCUAAAGCACGUCCUGAUGCCAUCAAAUGUAUUAUCAGCAGUAUUGGCGAUCCAAAUGUGUUUAUUAUGGAUCAUUUAUUAUUACUUGAACCGGUUAAAUAUCUUGAAGGUGAAACAAUUCAUAAUUUAUUGACAAUAUUUGUCUCUGGAAAAUUACAAAACUAUUUAGAUUUUUAUUCAAAUCAAAGAAAUUUCAUUGAAUCAUCCGGAUUAAAUCAUGAAAAUAAUGUUGAAAAAAUGCGUUUAUUAACAUUUCUACAAACAGCUGAAAAUCAAAAAGAAUUAACAUUUGAUAUGAUUCAAAACGAAAUGCAAAUUGAACAAGACGAAGUUGAAUCAUUUGUUAUUGAAGCUGUACGUACAAAAAUGAUUCGUUGUAAAAUCGAUCAUCUUAGUCGUAAAGUAUUAGUUGACUGUACAGCUCAACGAACAUUUACACGUCAACAUUGGCAAGUGUUAAAAGAAAGAUUAGAACUAUGGCGGGUGAAUUUAACCACGAUUAAUAAAAAUCUAGGAAACUUAAUGGCAACAAAAGCAAUGUCAACUUAA